UUUUGAUGCUUAAGAGUGAAUAACUGAUAAUUACCAAAUAGUCGACACAAGAAUUUCUCUGAAAAGCAUAAAAUCUAGCAAAUUUAAUUGUUUAUAAGCAUUUAUUGUAAAUAAGAAGUUAUUUGUGGUGACCGGCGACAUAACCUGAAAUUCUGAACUGAAAGUGAAAAAUGCCUUCAGAUUCUUACAAGGACUGGAUUUCCAUUUACAGUGACGAUAUUAAGACAACAUGGGAGGCAGAAAGGUCAGAACUUCGAAAAAUUUGUAUGAUUUAUUGUGCGUUUCAAACGGAACUAAACAGACUUAAAACCACGUUAAACGAUGAAAUAUCGUCCGUUAAGGCCGAAUUGCAAAAGCGGGACUUGCUGCUUAAGCGGAAAACCUUCAAAGGAUUGGCACAGUCGGAACAAUUCACCGAGUUAAUUCAGUUGGGAAAAGAAAACCAAAGCCCUUCUUUAAAACAGCUUAAUGACUCCAAAAGCGAGGCGUUUCUUAUCGAGUCGCCCAACACUUGCGCGUUUGUUAAAUCGCCCCCAAGCCCCAUUUUGAGCACUCGCACUAAGCAUUCGCCCCCUUCUUUUAAUAAAACGCCCAAAUGUGACGACUCAAACAUCAUGGAGUGUUCCAUAAUCGAGGACACGCCUGAUGUCAAGCCAAAAAAACGGCCAAAAUUGACGCAAAAAAGACAGAAAUUGAAAAAUAGGAGUAGACAAGACACCACUCUCACGCAGAUGUUUCUGAAGCCACGGAAGCCAAAGGAAAUUGAUUCGAAUUUGCCUUCAAUGUCUCUCGACGCAAUGAUUAAUUUGAUCAAUGAAAGCAGUGGUAGUGAGACUGAUGACGAGCUGAUGGGGCCCCCCGAUGGCCGUGAAAGUCCCGACAAAGAGCCGGAGCCCGCUGAUGUGACCAUUGACGGCCUUGAACCGAGGGACAGUCCCGUCAAUAGAGAGGAAGCCCCAAAGAUCGCGUUUGAGGAGGUGGUGCGGGGCAAACAGCGCAAAAAACUGAAGGGGUGGUCGUGCCAGGAGUGCGAAAAUUAUUACGGAGCCCUAAAUUUGCCCCCCGAAGAGUUGGAGAAGCGGAAAAAUGAGUGCUCGAGACAUAGGCGUAGGUUUAAGAGGAAUGAGACGUAUAGGGGAUUUUGGGAUUUGACGUUCGGGCCCUCGCCGAGGACCCAGAGUCCGGAGUCGAUGGUUUUCAAUUAUAAACGCAGCUAAUGAUUAUUAUUUAUUAGGUACAUUAAACUAUUACAAGUU